GAGAAAGGGAGAGAUAAAUUAUCUCUUCUUCUUUAACCUUUUUCUAUAAUCUCUAAGUUUUAAAUAUAUCUUCACAAGCUAGCUAGUAGCUAAUAUCUACAAACAUUGUUCAAAAUGUGUGUUUUGAUUCGUCAUAGAGGAAUGUUUCUUCUUCUUUUCAUCGCAUUUUUUGUACUUCUUCAAACGGAUAGGGUCACAAGUCUAAGAUGGGAGAGAAGCAUGAGGCUGCAGCUUCUGUCUGUUCAUCCUUUGCGUGUUCUUGAAGAGUCAUCAUCAUCAUCAUCGAAGGAAAUAAAUUUAGAUACAAACGGAGACUUGGCACCUUCUGGGAUGCAUGAUCCUAAUCAAUCUGUAAGAAGAAACAUUGGGAGAGGAUCUGAUCCUAUACACAACAAAUGCUGACACUCUUAGUCUAUACUCUAUUUCUGCAGUCUAAGUUACUAUGUUUUCUUUCAGUGAUUUCUAAAAAGAUUAACUAGUUCUCUUAAUCCUUCAAGGGUUUAAGUUUGUAUUGAAUCUUUGGUUUUCAAACAUGUCUUGCAUUAUAUAUGUUUU